AAGACUGAGCACAACUCAAAUCUUACUUCUCCAUCUCAAUUCCAACUUACCGAUCAGUGCCUAUUUCUCUGUUGAUUCGGUAAGCGAUUAGGGUUUCUUAAAUUCUUACGGUGUUGAAAUUCGACCUGCGAGAUCGAGAUUUUGUCUCCGAUGGAAGGACAGGACGAGAUAGCGAUAAUUUCUGCAUCUGGUGCAAUGAAGCCGCACGGAUCAUCUUUGAACCCGUAUGCAACAUCCUACAUUCCAAUCUCCAAGAGAGAGGCUAACAAAGCUUUUAUAGCAGAAAGCUCUUCCAGGGAAAAUAUUGGGGCUAACCUUCCGGGAAAUUCUGAACAGAAAAUGUGUGGUUUAAAUUUGCGCAAUGGUAAAAAGGCACCUGAUGAUGCAGUUGCUUCUGCUGUGAAGAAUCACCCUUUUCAUGGAUCAUUGUCAAAAGACAAUAGUGAAUUCGCUGAAAUGGAGACGUUUCAUACAGAAGUUAAUAUGGAACUGGAAUUGCUUCAAAUCUGUUUCCCUGGACUAUCUGAACAGUCCCUUACUGAUGUCUAUUUUGCAAAUAACGCUGACUUGGAUGCUGCUAUGGACAUGCUGAACCAACUUGAGAACAAACAUCCAUCUGAUUUUGAAUACGACCCUGAAAGUCUCCCGGACUCUUUGGACAUCGGUGAUAUCUCGGAAUCCGGGUUUGCAGCUGCUGAUCAACUUUCUUCCAGAAUGAAGAAUGUAGCCAGUGGCGCAAGUACUUCAACCAGAUUCUAGGAGUGCCUGUUAGUUUUGAGAAGUGGUUUUCUGUUUCCUUUCCUGGUUUUCCUUAGAUUACUUUAGGAUAAGGCAUCCUCUCUGGUUAUAGGAUUGUAUAGUGUUCCGAGUUCCGAGUUCCUUGUACUUACAUGAACUCGUUUGCAACGUCGUCGGUGUCUUCGGUUUGACCGAUCAAAAAGAUCGAAAUAGGGCAAGCUUUGCUUAUUGAUAUUCCCUUCUUCACCUCUUUUGUGUUGUAGGGUGGUGCCUACAACUUCUUAUCUCGACUAUUUUCAUUCACAGAUGUAGAUAUUGUUCUCUUCUGGACUUCUCCUCGAAGUUUUAAAAGAAGUUUCCAUACCUUUGUAAGAAAUUAUCACACUCUUGUAAGGAAUGUUCAACAACGAGUGAUCUCACA